UUUCUCCGAAGAGCUGGGCUUUUGUCCGAGCGCCUGCGCGUGCAGGGAGGGGUGGCGGACCGUUGCUCAUCUACUCGGAUUACUGAAAAAAACAGAUUCCCUGGAUUUCCCACUCAGAAAGGAUACAUUCAAGAUGUAUCCUCAGGGCCGGCAUCCGGCACCCCAUCAGCCUGGUCAGCCUGGCUUCAAAUUCACUGUGGCAGAAUCAUGUGACAGGAUCAAAGAUGAGUUUCAGUUUCUGCAGGCACAGUACCACAGUCUUAAGGUGGAAUAUGACAAACUGGCCAAUGAGAAAACAGAGAUGCAGCGCCACUACGUGAUGUACUAUGAGAUGUCCUAUGGGCUGAAUAUUGAAAUGCACAAACAGACUGAGAUUGCAAAACGUCUCAAUGCAAUUCUUGCUCAAAUCAUGCCUUUCCUGUCACAAGAGCACCAACAGCAGGUGGCACAGGCUGUUGAACGUGCCAAGCAAGUGACAAUGACCGAGCUGAAUGCCAUCAUCGGGCAGCAGCAGCUCCAGGCCCAACAUCUCUCCCACGCUGCUCAUGGACCUCCCAUCCAGCUACCCCCUCACCCCUCUGGGCUGCAGCCACCUGCUAUUCCCCCCGUCACAGGCUCUGGGUCGGGGCUGCUGGCUCUAGGAGCGCUGGGGAGCCAGGCUCACCUGCCAGUCAAAGACGAGAAGAACCAUCAUGACCUGGAGCACAGAGAUAAAAGAGACUCAAUAAAAAAUAAUUCCGUCUCACCCUCGGACAGUCUGCGAGCCAGUGAGAAGCACAGAGGGUCUUCAGACUACAGCCUGGACUCAAAGAAACGCAAAGUGGACGAGAAAGACAGCAUGAGCCGAUAUGACAGCGACGGCGACAAAAGCGACGAUCUGGUUGUCGACGUGUCCAACGAGGAUCCGGCCACACCAAGGGUCAGCCCAGCUCACUCUCCCCCAGAGAACGGCCUGGACAAGGCACGGGUGCUGAAGAAAGACGCGCCCAACAGCCCAGCGUCCGUAGCCUCGUCCGGCAGCACCCCCUCCUCUAAGGCCAAGGACCACCCACACAAUGAUAAGUCAUCCACACCGGGUUUGAAAUCUAAUACCCCAACGCCACGUAAUGAUGCACCAACGCCUGGAACAAGCACAACUCCAGGGCUGAGGCCCAUCCCUGGCAAACCUCUUGGCAUGGAGGCACUGGCCCCUGCUCUGCGGACGCCGCUGUCCAUCACCGGGUCGUACGCCGCUCCGUUUGCGAUGAUGGGGCAUCAUGAGAUGAACGGUUCCCUGACCAGCCCGGGAGUCUACGCUGGAUUACACAUCUCACCUCAAAUGACCGCUGCCGCGGCCGCAGCCUACGGGCGUACGCCUAUGGGGGGGUUUGACCCACAUCCACACAUGAGAGCUCCCGGUCUCCCAGCCAGUCUGACCUCCAUCUCUGGAGGAAAGCCGGCAUACUCCUUCCACGUUAGCGCUGACGGGCAGAUGCAGCCCGUGCCUUUUCCUCCGGACGCUCUGAUUGGCCCAGGCAUCCCGCGCCACGCCCGUCAGAUCAACACGCUGAGCCACGGAGAGGUGGUAUGUGCCGUAACCAUUAGCAACCCCACGCGCCACGUUUACACCGGCGGCAAAGGUUGCGUUAAGAUCUGGGACAUCAGUCAGCCGGGGAGCAAGAGCCCGGUGUCCCAACUGGACUGCCUGAACAGGGAAAACUACAUCCGCUCCUGCAAGCUUCUUCCUGACGGACGCACGCUGAUUGUCGGAGGAGAGGCAAGCACACUGACCAUCUGGGACCUAGCCUCCCAGACACCCCGUAUCAAAGCCGAGCUCACCUCCUCUGCCCCGGCCUGCUACGCUCUGGCCAUCAGCCCUGAUGCCAAGGUCUGCUUCUCCUGCUGCAGUGAUGGAAACAUCGCUGUCUGGGACCUCCACAACCAGACUCUUGUCAGGCAAUUCCAAGGCCACACAGACGGAGCAAGUUGUAUAGAUAUUUCACACGAUGGCACUAAACUGUGGACGGGAGGCCUUGACAACACGGUUCGCUCAUGGGACCUGCGUGAAGGCAGGCAGCUCCAACAGCACGAUUUCACUUCUCAGAUCUUCUCUUUGGGCUACUGUCCUACGGGUGAAUGGCUGGCAGUGGGGAUGGAGAGCAGUAAUGUGGAGGUGCUCCACCACACCAAACCUGACAAGUACCAGCUCCACCUCCAUGAAAGCUGUGUCCUUUCCCUCAAAUUUGCCUACUGUGGUAAAUGGUUUGUGAGCACGGGGAAGGACAAUUUGCUGAAUGCCUGGAGGACUCCCUACGGUGCCAGCAUAUUCCAGUCAAAGGAAUCCUCUUCCGUCCUGAGCUGUGACAUCUCCGCAGAUGACAAGUACAUUGUGACGGGAUCUGGCGACAAGAAGGCCACAGUAUACGAGGUGAUCUACUAGAUCUGACGACCUGUGAUUGGUGGAUUUAUUCUAGCCCGGAUUUCGAGGGAUGACGUGUCACUUCCUCCUCCCACCCUCUCUGUGCUCACCCCUCCCUCAGUGACAUCCAAGAUUCUGACUCCUCAUGAACUUGAUUUGGUUCAGUUUUUCUUGUUUUGAUUUUUUUUUUUUUU